AAUUGAAAACCGCAAAUUAAAACCAUACACCAGACAACAUGCCACAUACUCUCUCUCUCUCUCUCCACCUCUUUUCUUCUCCGGUUUCUUUAUCUGUUAUGUUUUUCAAAAAUCUUUUACUUGCUCUUCAACCUCUCUCUAUACUAUAUAUAGCUGCACUAAAGAUUCACACCUGAGUUCUAUUAGUUCCUUCCUUCCCGCUAAUGGGAUGCUGUAGAAAUAGGGGUUGAAGCUCCCUUUACUCUUUUCUUCUGUUUUAUUUUUUGGAGUCCAUCUCCAUUUUUGUGUAGCUUUGGGUUUCUUUGGAGUUUAAGUUUGCGGGUAUUUUUUUAUUUUAAAUUUUCUGUUCUUGAAAGAAAACUCAGAGACAGAGUGUAGACCGUUGCAGACAGGAUGAAAUUAUUUGGUUCAUUUCUCAUUCUUCUUGUUGUUUCCGGAGUUAUUUUUGGGUCUUGUAAUUCGUUGGCAUCUAAUGAAGUUUCAGCUCUAAUGGCCUUCAGAGAAACUAUAUAUGAGGAUCCCUUUAUGCUUUUGUCAAGUUGGAAUUCUCUCGAUAAAGAUCCUUGCAACUGGUCAGGCAUUUCCUGUUCACAAUAUCGAGAUCAUGUUAUAAAAAUAAACCUUUCUUAUUCUUCUCUAAGGGGAUUUAUUGCUCCAGAAUUGGGCACUCUAUCUUCCCUGAAAGAACUGGUUCUACACAAAAACAAUCUCCAUGGGACAAUUCCAAAGGAAAUUGGCAUGCUGAAAACACUCAAGGUCUUGGAUCUGGGGAAGAAUCAACUAUCAGGGUCGAUUCCUCCAGAGAUUGGAAACCUGACCAACAUUAUGAAAAUAAACCUUCAGUCUAAUGAGUUGGCUGGGAGUGUGCCUCCUGAGCUUGGAAAUUUGAGGAACCUCGUGGAACUUCAGUUGGAUAGGAAUAAACUUCAAGGAACUGUCCCUGGCAGUAGCAACUCAAGUUUUACAUCUAACAUGCAUCAGAGGUAUGCAUCUCCUGGAAAUGGCACUGGCUUGUGCUGCUUAUCUCAGCUAAGGAAUGCAGAUCUUUCAUACAACUUCUUGGUUGGGAAAAUACCACAGUGCUUGAAGUACCUUCCAAGAACAAGCUUUGAGGGAAACUGCUUCCAAGAUAGCGAUUGUAAACAGCGACCUGCUCCACAGUGUGGUGUUACAGUUGUAAAAAGUCACACCGUAGACAACUCUAAUCAUUUGCAUGAUGAAGAUGGACAUAAGCAUCAUAAACUUCCCUGGUUGCUAGCUCUAGAAAUCAUAACAGGAACCAUUGUGGGUAUCCUCUUGUUCUUGACUAUUGUUACUGCUGUUAAGCGAUGCAAAGCAAAAUCUCCUGUUGUAAUCCCAUGGAAGAAAACUUCAAAUGGGAAGGAAAGCAUGAUAAUAUACAUAGAUCCUGAGAUGCUGAAGGAUGUUUGGAGGUUUAGCAGACAGGAGCUUGAAAUAGCCUGUGAAGAUUUCAGUAACAUCAUUGGAUCCUCCCCAGAUAGUCUGGUAUACAAAGGCACCAUGAAAGGUGGGCCAGAGAUCGCUGUAAUAUCCCUUUGCAUAAAGGAAGAGCAUUGGACAGGCUACCUUGAGCUUUCUUUUCAGAGAGAGGUGGCAGAUUUGGCAAGAUUUGAUCAUGAGAAUACAGGAAAAUUGCUAGGUUAUUGCAGGGAGUGCAAACCAUUUUCGAGGAUGCUGGUCUUUGAAUAUGCAUCAAAUGGGACACUUUAUGAGCAUCUUCAUUAUGGUGAAGGAUGUCAGUUAUCUUGGACCCGACGCAUGAAAAUUAUUAUAGGCAUUGCUCGUGGGCUAACAUAUCUGCACACAGAACUUCAACCUCCAUUCACAAUAUCUGAGCUAAAUUCAAAUGCUAUAUAUCUUACAGAAGAUUUUACUCCUAAGCUGGUUGAUUUUGAAAGCUGGAAGACAGUAGUUGCAAGAUCAGAAAAGAACUCGGGUUCCUUAAGCAGAGGCUCUUUUGGUAGUAUUCCAGAUUCUAUAGAUGAACGCCAUCUGGAUAUUGAAGGCAACACAUUUGCUUUUGGAGUACUCUUACUAGAAAUAAUCAGUGGUAGACUUCCAUACUGCAAAGACAGAGGAUGCUUGGUGGACUGGGCUAAGGAGUAUCUAGAACUGCCAGAAGUAAUAUCUUACCUAGUGGAUCCUGAACUGAAAUAUUUUAGAUAUGAUGAUCUCAAAGGUGUAUGUGAAGUGGUGAACCUAUGUAUUCAAUCAGAUCCCACCAAACGGCCAUCCAUGAAGGAGUUAUGCCCUAUUUUGGAGAACAGGAUUGACAUUUCAGUAUCUGCCCAUCUCAAAGAAUCUCCAUUGGCAUGGGCUGAGCUUGCUAUAUCCUCAUAAGUCAUAAUGGUAUUGAAAGCUAACACAAUGUAAAUCUGAAGUGUAUGUAUAUCGUAUAAUAUUAUUUUCUUUCUUCUUUCUAUAAUUUUUUUUUUCAAAUUUUUCACUUUUAGUCUUUUUUUAGAUCAUUUCUUUGUAUUCCACAGAAAUGAUCAUACUGAAGAAAAUUAGAGCUUCAUGAUGGCAGAGGCAAUUAUCUUUGUAAUAUGUUGACUGAUCAGUAAAUUUUUCAAAAUACUGAAUGAUUUUUUACGUUGAGAGCCC